AUGGCGCCCGAGAUUCAGAGCCUGUGUCCGAGUCUGACGGCCGUGCUCCUGCUGGGCGCCUGCCUCGCCGCCGCCGCGGUGGCAGCGCUCGGUGCCGGAGAUGACUACGCCAGGGCCAGGGCGCCGGGGCCUCUGCCUGGCGGAGGCGCCCGGCGCGUCCUCCUCGCCAACGGGCUCGGGCUGACGCCGCAGAUGGGGUGGAACAGUUGGAACCAUUUCCAGUGCGGCAUCAACGAGGCGGUCGUCCGGAGCACCGCUGAUGCGCUCGUCGCCACCGGACUUGCAAAGGCUGGCUACACGUAUGUCAACUUAGAUGACUGCUGGGCGGAUUACCAAAGAAACAAAGAGGGAUACAUGGUCGCUAAUCCCAAGACAUUCCCAUCCGGAAUCAAGGCCCUGGCAGAUUAUGUCCACAGCAAGGGGCUUAAGCUUGGCAUCUACUCUUCAGCUGGGGGUGUUGACUACUUGAAGUAUGAUAACUGCUACAGAGACGGCACGCCUGAAACCGUGAGAUUUGGGCGCAUGUCUCGCGCGCUGAAGAGUUCUGGCCGCCCAAUCUUCUACUCACUUUGCGAAUGGGGCUACAUGGAAGUGCCCAAAUGGGGCGGCAGGUACGGCAACAGCUGGAGGACCACCGGCGACAUCAACGACACAUGGUCAGGCAUGUUGGACAACAUCGAUCGGAACGACGCCUUCGCCAGGUACGCCAAGCCCGGCGGUUGGAACGACCCUGACAUGCUGGAGGUCGGGAACGGAGGGAUGGCGUACAACGAGUACGUCGUGCACUUCAGCCUGUGGGCCAUCGCCAAGGCUCCUCUUGUAAUCGGCUGCGACGUGACGAGAGUUUCCAAGGAGACGCUGGGGAUCCUCUCCAACGCAGAGGUCAUCGCGAUUAACCAAGAUCGGAUGGGUGUCCAGGGAAACAAAGUGAAGAAAUAUGGCAACGAUCUCGAGGUAUGGGCUGGGCAGCUCUCCCGCCACAGGAUGGCGGUGCUGCUGCUCAACCGGGGGGCGACGCGCUCCGCGUCCAUCACCGCGGCGUGGCCGGACGUCGGCAUCCGCCGCGGCGUCACCGUCGAGGCGAGGGACAUCUGGAAGCACGGGACGCUCCCGGGCAGGUUCACCGGCAGCCUCACGGCGGUGGUCGGGCCGCACUCGUGCAAGCUCUUCGUCCUCACGCCCGUUCCUCGCUGA